GGUGAUUAUAGUGACGUCAUCACGACUGCCAGCUGGAAAGGACUAGCCAGGAAACGCCAGCAAAGAACCGCAAAGGACAAUCGCCCAGACUUCACUAUGGCGCUCAGAGGGGUCUCUCUGCCUGCUCUCUGACUCCACUCCACCCUGCAUCGCCACGGACAGGUGGGGCAACUGUGAGGACACCAAUCGAGCAUGAGCUCCACGGAGAUGGCCCCGCCCCCUCGUCAUAAGCAACCGCCGCCCCCCUCGCGGAGCAACAGCACCGCCUCCUCCAGACACCUCGGCACCAGGCAGAGCUCGAGGAACUGGGAGGUGAUGGAGGAUCCACAGAACCAGAUUGGUGGAGGCGAAGGCGGGGUGCGGGACAUGGUUCAGCCUGACAGACAGGAAGGGUACCUGCUGAAAAAGAGGAAGUGGCCCCUUAAAGGGUGGCACAAGAGGUAUUUUGUGCUGGACAGCGGGAUUCUCAAAUACGCCAAGACCCAGCAAGAUAUCAGUAAAGGGAAGCUCCGCGGCUCGAUCGACGUCCGUCUGUCUGUCAUAUCCAUCAACAAGAAAUCCAAACGCAUUGACCUGGAUGCUGAAGACAACUUGUAUCACCUCAAGGGGAAGUCUCAGGAGGCGUUCUCUGCCUGGGUGUCUCGUCUCCGCGCUCAUCGGAUCUUUCGCAAGAGCGACUCUGCCCGGCUGCAGAAUGGGGUGUACACGGUGCUGUCUACCCUCAAACCCCUGCCCAGCAACGGAGCUCUGCUGGGUCUGAUCCAGCCCCCUAGUCCCUCACACCAAAGCCCCAGGUCAGGCCCCCUGCACAGCAUCCCCUCCCUGGCUGAGGUGGACAGUAAGGUGGCUGCCUGGCUGCAGCACACUGACCACAUGCAGACCUGCUCCAGGGAGCUCUCUGAGUGUCAGACCAGCCUGACAGAGCUGUUCAGGAUGCUGCAGAGUCUGGAGCUGCUCCAUCGAGUCUCCUCCGCCCCCCUCAUCUGUGACAGCCAGAAUUUGGUGUCGGAGAGACCCAAGAAGGAGAAGCGCUCGUCCAAGAUCUGGUGCACCAAGAACUCAACGAAGGAGGAAGCUGCAGGCAUGGCUUCCUCGUCACGGCUCCACGCUUCGGUCCCCAGCUUGCCUGACUGCCUGGACCCUCCUCCUGCUCCCAGUGCCUUCUCUCUCCUGCCAGAGUCCAGCCAGCUCCAGCAGGACUUCUGCAGCCUGGCGCAGAGAGUCCACUCCUCCCUGAAAAGUGCCUUCGACUCCUUGUCUCUGGAGAGAGAACGCCUACUGCAGAGCUGGCUGCACCCCCAACAGAGCGAGACCCCCGUCACACAGAUAGCAAACCUGCGCAACGCUCUGUCAGAGGUCUCUGCUCAGAACAUGGAGCUCCAGACCCACCUGACCCGAAUUCACUCCCUCUCCAUCUCAUCGGACUCCACUGUCGAGUCAUUCGUGUCUGUCAGCCAAGAGGAGCAGGUCUCCCCUGGUGCUGGUGGGUGGUCUCUGAAGCAGCAGGGCUCCAGUGACAGCUUGGCGUCUCUGUCGGACUCCCAUGCAGAGUUCUUUGAUGCCUGCGAGGUUAUCGUCUGCGGCAGCUCCUCGGAGAACGACGCCUCGGACGCAGAGUCCUGUGUGAGCGACAUGACCUGUAGCAACUCCGAGGAGCAUCUGGACUGCCGGGAGGGGGGCGCGCCCCCCGGGAAAGAGACUGUUUCCAGUGCUCCCAGUAUACCCAGCAGGGCUGCCCAGUACGCUGGCCGGCGGACCUGCCUCCCGGCCCCCGGCCCCAACACCAGCAACAUCAGCCUGUGGAACAUCAUGCGCAACAACAUUGGGAAGGACCUGUCCCGCGUCUCCAUGCCAGUGCAGCUGAACGAGCCCCUGGGCACACUGCAGAGACUGUGUGAGGAGCUGGAGUACUCAGAGCUGCUGGACACUGCAAACCAGAGACAGGACCCCUUUGAGAGGAUGGUGUACGUCGCCGCGUUCGCGAUCUCAGCCUACGCCUCUGCGUAUCACCGGUCCGGCAGUAAGCCCUUCAACCCGGUGCUGGGGGAGACUUACGAGUGCGAGCGAGAGGACAAGGGCUUCCGGUUCAUCGCCGAGCAGGUCAGCCAUCACCCUCCAAUCUCUGUGUGUCAGGCUGAGUCUGACAACUUCAUCUUCUGGCAAGAUGUCCGGUGGAAAAAUAAAUUCUGGGGGAAGUCACUGGAGAUCGUUCCAGUGGGGAUGGUUAAUGUCACCCUAACAAAGUUCGGAGACCACUACGAGUGGAACAAGGUGUCCUCCUGCAUUCACAACAUCCUGAGCGGCCAGCGCUGGAUCGAGAACUACGGGGAGGUAGUGAUCCGAAAUAACAGCAGCAGCAUCUGCCAGUGCAAGAUCACUUUCUGCAAGUCAAAGUACUGGAGCUCCAUUAUGAAUGAGGUGCAGGGGGCGGUGCUGGACGAGGCUGGCAAGGUGAUCCAUCGGCUCGGGGGCCGCUGGCACGAGGGCAUCUACUGCGGGACCCCACCCAAGACACACUGCAUCUGGAAACCAAACCCCAUGCCUGCUGACUUUGACCGCUAUUACGGCUUCACGCGGUACGCCCUGGAGCUGAACGAGCUGAGCCCAGAGCUGAAGCUGCUGCUGCCGCCCACCGACACGCGGCUACGACCCGACCAGAGGUACCUGGAGGAGGGGAAUGUCGAGUUUGCGGAGGCUCAGAAGCAGCGGGUGGAGCAGCUCCAGAGAGAACGUCGCAAAGUCCUGGAGGAGAACGGACUGCCACACCAGCCACGCUUCUUCACGAGAACGGUGGACGCCAGUGGUAAGGAGUUUUGGAUAAGCAACGGGACAUACUGGAAAGUUAGGAAGGACCCAGGAUUUUCAAAAAUGGACAACACCGUUCUCUGGUGACAGUGAUCCACGCGAUCGAGCCACAAGCACGCAGCCCCGGAUCCUUUCUACUCCUGAAGGGGACCAGUAGGAGAUUCCUAGAGAAACCAGUCUGGAACUGGCUCUUAGGAAGAAUAACUGUGUAUUAUUUUUGCAAAUAAUAAUAAUAAUAAUAGUAAUAAUAAUAAUAAUUAUAAUUUAUUUUAUUUAAAAAAGA